AUGCAUUCGACCGGUGACACGGCUUUCAUGAAAAUUUCAGAAAUAAUUUUCAAUGAUAUUCCAUCAUCGCAACAAUCAGCAGCAGACUCUAUUCUUCAUCAAAAUCAUCCUUUAUUAUUUUUCAAAACAUUCAAUGUCUUAGUUUCGAAUUUCAUUCUUGAAACUCCUGUCAACAUCUCCAAUACCUCACAAUUGCAAGGAUGUAAUCCAAUUUUAUUUCAAUUAGGAAACUUUAGUCGUGAUGGACCUGUUUUAACAGCUUCUGGAUGUCCCGAAACUUGGCUCUCCUUUUCCUUUUCUCUUCUCUUCUUGUUGGGAUAUUUAGUGUUACUGGGAUUGUGUUGCUUUGGAUUAUUUUGGAAACGAAAAUCGAGACAUGUUCAAUCGAGAGGAAUUGUCUAUAUGGUGUUGACACUGGUGGCGAGUGCUUUUAUUGUAAUUUUGACUUGCUUGCGAUAUAUUAUUGGACGAAAGAAUUAUCCAUGCUUUAUUUAUGCAAUUACGUAUUUUGUGUUGCCACCUGCAUUGAUUUUACCUUCGAUUUUUAGAUGUUUUCGAUUGUAUUUGCUGCAUGUAUUGAAUUUAAACAAGACAAAUUUAGUGUUUGUGAGAGAUUAUGAUAAAUCCAUGUUUGUUGACAGUGGAUUGGUGAAUCCAAAUCUUCAAGAUGUCAUGUCAACAAAUUCAUCGGUCGUCAUGACAACCACCAACUCGGAUCCAAGAAAGAGUUUGAAGCAAGAGUUUGUGACACAAGCUGUAGGAACGAACGAGAAAAAGGUAGAUUUUGAAGUAUCAGAUGUUACUCACUCCUUCAGCUCAAGACUUGAGGAAGGUGAAAAUUUUGUCAUUUUGGUGAGUGACAAGUUUGUGAUUGGAUCUUAUGUUAGCCUCUUCAUUUUUCAUGCGAGUAUUUAUCUCAUUUUGGGAGGAAUUGAAUAUGCUCAGAUCAACACUACUAACGCUACCAUUUUCACAAAUAAGGGAGUCUUUCAGGUGUCAGGAUGUGGAAUUUCAAAUUCAACUUUCAUUUUGGUUGGAGUUUUAACUUUUUUCUAUAUCAUCGUGGAGACUAUACUAUUUGUGUUGUGUUUAAUUUUUGCAAGAGACACUUGGUUUAUUUGGAAAGAAACAGCAACUCUCAUUGGACUUAAAUUGGGAGCCAUCAUUUUGUUUAUUGUUUUUGGAUUUGUUCCAAUAUUUGCAAAGUUUUUGGACUUUUUCAUACCGUACGGCUAUGUACUGCUGGUGUAUUCAUGUUGUGACGUUAUUUUGAGUGUUUUGCUUCCCGUUCUGUAUUCCAUCAUGAUGGAUCGAAAACAAAAUCACCAAAUUGCCGCUCUCAAUGCUCUCAAUUCAACAGAAGAAUCUGGAUUGGAACAAUGUUUGAAACAACGAAAAACUUUUAACGUUAUAUUAGAAUUUGCGAGAAAAUCAUUUUGCCCCGAACCAGUUCUAUGUUACAGAGAUGUUGAGAGAUUUACCAAAACAACGAGCUCUAAAAAUCGUCGAAAAUUAGCACUCCACAUUGCAAACACAUAUCUCAAACAAAAUUCUCCUCUCCAAUUGAACUAUCCAAAAGUGAACGAAGUGUUUCAUGAAUCCAUGUCAGUCAUCAAUCGUUGCUCCAACAACAAUGAAAUGAUUCCAUUGGAUUUAUUUAAGAACAUUCAGCUGCAUUGCUUGAACGACAUGACUGACAUUUUUGAGAGAUUGAAACGACAAGAUCGAGACAUUAAGGAAGUAGUGGCUCAAUGGAAUUUAUCUUCGAUUUCCAAACCUGUUCAAACGAGUGUGUAA